GCUGCGGCCCAGCCCGGCGGAGGACGAGCCCGGCGCCAGGAGGCUCCGAGCAGCGCCGAGCGCCGAGCCCCGGGCCGCGCAGGGGGCAUGGCCGCUGGGAGCGCUGCGCAGGAGCGACUGGGAAGCAAACGCCAUGUUUUUCAGUCUGCCCAGAGAUCAGGGAAGAGGAGACUUGAUAUUCCUGAUGUAGCUGUAAGGUCCCGAAUGGGGACCCUUCUUGUGUUUCAGGCCCUGGUGUUGUUCGAGGACGUGGCGGUCUAUUUCUCCCCGGAGGAGUGGGCGGCGUUAGCCGAAUGGCAGCGGGAGCUGUACCGGGAGGUGAUGAUGGAGAAUUAUGAGCUCAUAGCCUCGCUGGGUUCUGCAGGCCCCAAACCGGAAAUGAUCUGUAAAAUGGAGCGAGGGGAAGAACCACAUGCCGCAGCUCCCCAGGGAGAGAGGGACAGAGGACACCUGGAUGCCCCCAGCACAGCUGGCUGGGACAGGCGUGUCAAGGAGGAGCUGUCUGCAGAGGGCUACAACGAGCCGUGGGUGCCACACACGUCGCUGGCCGGGGGAGCCGAGGGGUUUGUGCUGGAAUAUCCUGCCCUGUGGUGCGAGGUGAAGCAGAGGGACCUGGCGGGAGACGCCCCCCAGCAAUCGCCGGAGUGGGAGGGGAGGGACGGCACGUUCCUGGGCGGCACGCUGGCCAUGAUCCACCCGGUGAGCGAGGGCCCCCUCAUCUGCUGUGAGUGCGGGAAGAGCUUUGAUGAUGAGGCCUCGCUGAGCGUCCACCAGCGCCUGCACCCGAGCGCCGGGCCCCACGAGUGCCAGGCCUGCGGGAAGAGCUUCCGCCACCGCCGCAACCUCUUGACCCACAAGAAGCGGCGGGGGAAGAGCCGGCACACCUGCACCGAGUGCGGGAAAAGCUUCUGCCUGAAGGGCGACCUGCUGCGGCACCGGGCAGGGCACGCGGGCGAGGGCGGCCACGCCUGCAGCCUGUGCGGGGAGAGCUUCCGCCACAAGAGGAACCUGCUGGCCCACAGCAAGGAGCACGUCGGGGACACGCCCCACCGGUGCUCGGAGUGCGGGCAGAGCUUCGGCGACCUGGCCAGCCUGGCCCAGCACGAGGCGGCGCACCGCGAGGAGAGGCCCUUCGUCUGCGCCCGCUGCGACCGCAGCUUCAGCUGGAAGGAGAGCCUGAUGAUCCACCAGCGCAGCCACCCGCAGGAGCGCUCGCACAAGUGUGCCGACUGCGGCCGCAGCUUCAGCCGCAGCGGCAACCUGCUCAUGCACCAGCGGGUGCACACCGGGGAGCGGCCCUACGCCUGCCCUGAGUGCGACCGCACCUUCUGCAACAAGGCCAACCUCAUGGCCCACCGCAAGCUGCACCGGCGCUUCAAACCCUACGCCUGCGCCCAGUGUGGAAGGAGCUUCAGCUUCAAGACCAAGCUGCUGCUCCACCAGCGGGCCCACGGGGGCGAGCACUCGUGUCCACGCGCGGACUACGGCUCCCAGGAUGCAGCGGGCGCGGAGCCCUUUGUCUCUCCCCCUGCAGCGGCCGAUCGGGCUGGAGAAGUUCCCCAGUCGGCGGCCAUAGGGGAGCCGGGCGCGGGCAGCCAGCGCCCCUCGCCAGCCGGGCGCAGCGCAGAGCAGCGCAGCGCAGCGGUGCCGUUUGCCCGGCGUGGAGACGGUGACUUCUCCGACUUUGGCCAUCAAGGGGUCGUCUCACACGAGGGUUUAAACAAGGCCAGAGACGAUCGCCAACGCCCUGGCUCACCACCAGUGUCCCGUCUAGCCAUCACCACCCUGAUGCUUCAGAGGAAGGAGAUUUACAAAGAAAUGGAGCGGGCGGAACAACAACUGGCAAACUCCGAAUUCAUAGAUGUGCAUCUCUCCCCAUGCAAACGACACCGCAGCCGUGACGUCCACGGGGAGGGAGGAAGAGGGAGAUCGCGUGGUGCCGGGAAGGGGGGCAGAGGAAGGAAGGAGCUAGAGAGGGCUGAGCACAGCACAGUUGUGGGCAUGGGCAGGGAGAGACACUGGGGAGCACACAGCCCUGGGUUACUGGGACCCCAAUGCGUGGGGAGUUCAAAUCCUCACACUGCAAACAUGCCCCUCGUCCUCACUGCCUGGCCUGAACCCGUGGAGGAGCCGUGUCUCUGGUUAAAGGCAGAUGCUGCCUGGAAUUGGGUUCUGGAUCAUUCCUGCCACACCCUGGGUGACCCGGGAGGCCCAGAGCGUGACUCGUCUUUCCCUUGGGCAGGCUCUGGUGGCCUCGACGUGGAAAGCCCAGCUCAGAUGGAGCGAGGGGACAGGCUGCGUGUGGGCGAUCGCAGGGAGAGGAGAGAGAGGGGAACGCCUGACGCCUAUGGCACAGGUUCUGCUGACCUCAGACCCCAGGUGUUUAUUAAAAUGGAGCAGGAAGAGGAGCUGUGCAUGAGGGGGCCCCCAGAGCAGAGAGAGAGAGGAAUUCUCCAUGCCCCUGGCACAGGCGCAGGCUGGCCUGACGUGAAGCAUGAGAUUGUGGUGAAAGUGGAGCCAGAUGACGAGUCAUAUGUGGGGUAUCCCCAAGGCCUAGGGGACCGAGACCUCCCCGGCUACCCCAGCACUGGUAUCAAAGCAGAGAUCGUGGUCAAAACGGAGCCCGAGGACGACGCCUACGGCGAGUGUGCCCAGCAUUACGGUGAAGGAGACGGUCCCAACGACCCCUUCUGUGACGCAAACCCAGAGAUUAUCGUGAAAGUGGAGCCAGACGAUGAGUCGGCCAUUGGCUAUCCUCAGGACCUGAGCGAAGGCAGAAUUCCUGGCUACCCCAGCCCAGCAGGCGAUGGGAGCAGGGGUGCCAGCGAGCGGGAGCACCCUGGAGAGGAGCCGGAGGAUGUGAAACCGAACAGGGCUUUGCUGAUGAGAGGCUUAGAGGCUGCUUCCUCGGGCUUGCUCAGGACAGAACCCAGCAUUAAUCACUGGAAAGUGCAACACAGCCCGGGAAAGAUCACGGCGCUCCAGAGAAAUGUGGUGGCUCCGGAGGGGCCGCAGACAAACCCUGAGCCCAAGGGAAAGGUGCCAACGGCCCCGACAAGCAACCCCAGCCAGAAAUCCCUUUCGGCCUCUGGCCGUGGGGGGGCCGUGGCCACCAGCACCGAGCCGAUGAAGCGCCCGCGAGCCCACGCUGCCGAGCGGCCGUUCACGUGCACCGAAUGCGGGAAGAGCUUCCAGCACCGGGGAAACCUCAUCACGCACCUGCGGGUGCACACGGGCGAGAAGCCCUUCACCUGCACCGAGUGUGGCAAGAGCUUCAGCCAGAAGGGCGACCUGAUGCGGCACCAGCGCAUCCACACGGGCGAGAAGCCGUUCGAAUGCAACGUGUGCGGAAAGAGCUUCUGCUCCAAGCAGACCUUCAUCCUGCACCAGCGCAUCCACACCGGGGAGAAGCCCUUCUCCUGCACCGAGUGCGGCAAGUGCUUCAACCGCAAGGCCAACUUCAUCACCCACCAGAAGAUCCACCGCGGGGAGCGCCCCUUUGUCUGCGCCGAGUGUGGCAAGGGCUUCUGUGCCAAGAAGACCUUCAUCCUGCACCAGAAGAUCCACAUCGGGGACCGGCCCUUCGGCUGCUCCGAGUGCGGCAAGAGCUUCAGCCGCAAUGGGGAUCUGACCCGGCACCAGCGCAUCCACACCGGGGAGCGGCCCUUUGCCUGCGCCGACUGCGGCAAGUGCUUCAGCCACAACGGGGAGCUGAUCAAGCACCAGCGCAUCCACACGGGGGAGAAGCCCUUCUCCUGCACCGAGUGUGGCAAGAGCUUCAACCGCAAGGGCACCCUCAUCACCCACCAGCGCAUCCACACCGGGGAGCGCCCCUUCGUGUGUGCCGAGUGCGGCAAGACCUUCAACCUGAAGACCACGCUGAUGAAGCACAAGCGGAUCCACACGGGGGAGCGGCCCUUCACCUGCGUGGAGUGCGGCAAGAGCUUCAAAUACAAGGGCAACCUGCGGACGCACCACCUCACCCACACGGUGGAGCGGGUCUACCCCUGCACCGAGUGCGGGAAGAUCUUUAGCCACAAGAAGGAGCUGACGAUGCACCAGGCCGUCCACACGGAGGAGAGACUCUUGUCCUGCUACGGAGACGGGGAGUCGUUCAACCCCUUCCUCCAGAUGCACCCGCUCCUACUGUCGGUGCCCCAAGCCAAGUGCCUCUGGAAGCCUUAACGCAAUGUACAUAAGGAGGGAGUUACAGAAAUGCUACGUCCCCUGAGCAGGAACAGAGGAGGAACAAUACUGUAAUUUAGGAUUUGGACAUGCCGUGGUGCUGUACAGCGUGCUGAUGAAAUAACAGGCUCCCUGUCCCAAGGAGCUCCCAGCCUGAAGGCCUGCGCUGACGAACCAGCUGUGCAUCCCUAAGGAAAACACAACUGCACAUUCCCUACACAACGCAGCUUGAAUUCAAAUGCAAAGGCUCGAGUCUUGCCCUGAAGGAUGCCAAAGCUGUUGUACUAAUUCCAUUUGCUGGGUUGGAAAUAACCCCCAGAGGUGCUAGAGAGAACGUCUGACACGAGGGCCGGGAGAUUUCUGGGAAGGGACCUGUGAUUUAUGGAGCAGCGCUUGGAGGGCGUUGGAAAUGACACAGCCUGGGUUAACCAAUGUGGGAUCUUCAUCUUACUACGGAAAGGAGCGAUCGGUGCUGGCAGGACUCUCCUGUCGGUUCCUGUGGGGCGCAAACACGGAGCGUUGUGCUUAUUGUGAUACUUCUGACGAAGGCCAGUGGUUUCUCAGGUGGGGGAUGCUGUGCUGUGUGUUGUUGUUUAAGUCAGGUCCUGUGGGUACUUGGGAGGUGGGCGAGACUUUGCUACUGCUCUGUAGUUAUGGCUUGUGCCAGCAGCUUCUCUGUGGAACUGCUGGACAGACAUGACGGACAGGGCCAGUGACAGUCUGGGAAAUGAAAGAAAAUCUCAACUGAGUGUGGACUUGAGAACUCCAGGUGCAGAGCCCUGGAGCCAUAAUUACUGUAGUGCUGUUAACUCUCUGUACUGACUAUUUACCCACCAGGAGUGUGCACUGGGCUUCACAACGGAGUAUGGCCUGAUCUCUGACCUGAGAGGUGACCAUCUCACGGAGACUGCCUAGAGAUCUUACAGAGAAUCAGAGAGCCGUAGGGUGGGAGGGACCUCAGGAGGUUGCCCCGUCCAGUCCCCUGCACUCACGGCAGGGCUAAGUAUUAUCUAGAC